AUGGACCUGAAGGUGAAAUCCUCGCGGCUACCUCGAUCCCUCGCACAGGCCGGUGACUCGACCGUGCGAUUGCAUAAGGCGGACAAGACGGAUCACUCUGUGGGGGCAGGGCAUGUACAAGAGCCUCGAACGACCCGAGUCAACGGCAUCACUAGUUGUGGCGAACCCGCCACCACUGCCGCGCAUAGUCCCACUGCCGCGUCGAAGAACCCUCCAUGGAACCCCAUAGCGAGGUACUGGUCUGACAAGAACUCCUUCCCCGACUAUGGGAAACCAGAACGCGCAAAUAUGGGUCGCGGGUUCAAGGAAAGCAUAGGUAGAUUCAUCUAUGGAGACUUUCUUCAGGGCCGAGCCUCUCAAUCAGAAUUGCCCGCAACGACGCCGAAACGCGUUCAAGAAUCCUCAGUCGAGCAUCCCGCGAAACGACGGCGUACCGAGGACGACGCGGGUCAUGACAUUCACUCUACACCUAGCAACUCCGGACUGCCCGAGAGGUCAGUCGCAGCUGGCAGCGGCCAGAGAAAAGGAGGUCAUGAUGCCCCAGAUGCCCUGAGUCUGCGCUCAAGUGCCGAUCAAUCUGCCAACGGCAAGAUGGUCGAAGAAUAUCGCAGCGCGCAGCAACGGGGAGGCUCUGGACAUGCGCCGCGGUCAAGGCGGAGGAGACAAGGACGGCGCCAUUCCGACGGCCCUGUGGACGAUGAAUCUGGCUUCCGCACGCAGAAGAUGACUUCGUCAGGGUCAUUCAAACCAAAGAAUAAUUUACUGCAUCUUCAAAAGCCCUCUAACGACCCUAUCCAAGAUGACGAGGAUCUAGAAGUGACAGCCGGUCCAGUAGGUCGGGCAUCUGUGGUCAAUGGGCGGCCAAAUGCGAAGACAGCUGCAGGGAAGGUUUCGUACACAACCUCAAGAUUCUUUGCCGGAGACAGUGGAAGCGAGGACGAGCUGGGCGCAAACCCACCAACUGAUGGCAAAGACGCAGCCGACAGGAAGAGUGCGCCGGUGAGCCAAGCAAGGGCCGGAAGAAAGCGUCAAAUUGACACUCAAAUCGAUGAAGAGCCUCAGAUCACAUCUCUGGCUAAGCGGCGGGCACAGCCUCCAGAUCGCGCCGAUAUGCACCGAACGACUUUCGGCCCUCAAUUUGGGGUAAAUCACGGCUUGCUUCGCGUCAGUAAGGCUGUCUGCGAACCCAGCUACGUGUACCCAGCCAAUGAGUGCAUGCACGGAGACACCAGAGGCGCGAGUGACAAGCCAUGCGUUUUAGUUGCGACUACAGAGGGAGACCGGCAUUUCGAAGCUGUUGAUGCUGAUACCAGAAAGCCAAUACCCGAUCUCGUGUGGUUAACGCCCAAGUUAUCCAAAAUUUCCAAGAUUUUUCACGCCCGACAUUCGAUGAUUGUCAAGAUAUCGAAGUCUUCUAAUGGUACGCCACCCCUGGAAACAGGAGCUGUCCUCUUCUUGCAGUUUGGCAAUGCUCACGAGGCGGAGGCUUUUGUGACACGUUGCUGCAAUUCCAAGAAUACCAUCAAUAGAGUCAGCAUGGAUAUCGACGCUUUGAGUAAGGAGAUGGACCGCAAGAUCGAGCAAAUUGUGGCAUUCAACGAGAAGAAGGUUGGAAAAGCACAAGACACAGAUGUGCAAUACUUAGAGCACAGGGAGUCUACGAGUAAUCGUGCCAAUUCGAAGGCAUUAGUGCGCUCAGUGGGGCUGAGUCCACAGCAUUCACGACAAGUUGCCGACAAAAGGUCGCUUCGGGUGCAAAUGAAGACCGAUAGCCCAGUUCUGGCUGACGGAAGGGCCAGACCCAAGAACUUUGCGCAAGAACCAACAUCCCUAACACCUGAGCAAGUGAAGCAGCUCCGGGAGGACUUUGGUGACGAUAGUCAACCAGAAACCCAAUCACGGCGAAUUUUGCGCAACGAGCAGAAGUGGCAGACUCCUUCUCGAGUAGGUAUGUACGAGCCUGAGGUGCGGUCUCAACGAAGCCUGAGGUCCACAGACCCUAAGCCGAAGAGCCCUUCUCCAGACAGAUGGACGGCGGUCCAUCCCGGCUGGGCUGACAAUUGGAGAAUCGAUCUCGUGUACGAGCGUACGGUUGUCGGCAGAAGCGACGUCGAACGACUCGAUGAAGGCCAGCUUUUGAAUGAUGAGAUUAUUACAUUUUAUCUCAAAUAUCUUCACAAGAGACUGGAGGAGAAAGAUGAACAGCUGGCCAAGAAGGUCUACUUCUUCAAUUCUUUCUUUUGGGAGAAGCUGAAGCCAAAACGAGGAGCAAUCAACUACGAAGGGGUCCAGAACUGGACGGCCAAAGUUGAUCUUCUUUCAUUUGAUUACAUCAUUGUGCCAAUCAACGAACACGCGCAUUGGUAUGUCGCUAUCAUUUGCAAUGCCAAGGAGCUCCUUUCUUCCCACGACACCUCAUCGGAGACAGAUGUGCCGGGCUCGGAUAAGCCUCAAGAUCAGGCGCAUGGCGUCGUAGAGGAUGAUUCGGCAGUGGGAACAGCUAAUGACACCAUGGAGCAAAUUGGGCUUAAUGUCAGCCAUAUCUCGAUUGAGGAUGAAUCAGCCGAAUCCGUGUCAAAUUAUCAGCGUGAGGACAUGAACGCAGCCACUACAAAGAAGCCAAAAGCUUUGAAGAAGGGUCCUGGCCCUAGGAAGUACGACCCUAAAGCAACGAGAGUGAUUACUCUUGAUUCCUUAGGUGGGGCGCACUCGGCGGUUAGUACGGCACUGAAGAUUUAUCUACAGCGUGAGAUCGAGGCCAAGAAGGGGCUGCGCGUCGAGGCCCCUGCUACCAUCGGAACGAGUGCGCGGGACAUCCCAACCCAACCCAAUUUCACGGAUUGCGGCGUCUACCUCCUAGGAUACAUGCGACAGUUCAUGGAGGAUCCGGACAAGUUUGCGAAAAGCAUCCUACAGCGCGAAACACGGGAUUGGGACGUCCAAGCUCCCGCAUUGCGAAAUGAGAUUCGUGACCUCAUCUUCGGGCUGCAGAAAGAUUACCAGGAAAACCAGGAACAAAAGAGGCGUGUAAGAGCUCAGGCCAAGCGUCAGAAGUCGAAGCCACAAGGCGUAACGAUGCCGUCAGAGCUUUUUUCUCGGUCGUCGGGCGAAUCGCCUGCUCGAGAAUCACCCGCGCCUCCAUCAACCUCAGCGGUAGACUCUCGUCAGGUAACGCCCCUACUGGCUGACAAGAGCCACCUGCGGGCAGACAUCGAUCAAGAUGUUCGCCCCGCCCAUGAGGAGGCUCAUAUGCCGCGGCCGAUGGCCGGCGACACAUCAGUCAACAUCAACAACGUCAGCAUGAUUGUAAAUGUCGACGAGAGCAUGGACGGUUCCAAAGCAAACGGCUCUUCGACCGCAGUCGCGUCAAAGCCCGCAGAGUCAAUAGAGGUAGUUAGCGAUGAUGAGACUCCGGAGCUCUCGGUAAUAAGGGCAACACCGUCGGCUCGACGCACAUCUCAAAGUGCAAGUACUAAGAUGGCCACUCCCGCCAAUGUCUAUGAUGAGAGGGAGUUUCUGGCGCCGCUCCCAUCUUCAUCGGCACUAAGCUCACCAGCGAAAGCUGCGCCUUCAAAGACUAGUAUGAGUAGGGCAAGUUUCGGUGUCGUCAAGAGUCCAGGCGACCAGGGCAGCGUGAGGAAUACGUUCCUUCGAGGUUCUCCCAUGGAAGUCAGGUCUGCUCGCAAGAAGGGUAGAGUCACGAAGAGCGAAGUCAUCCCCUCGUCAAGUGAAGAAGAUGUUGGAGGAAAGGGAGGCAAGAAGAAAAAGAAACCUACGAUCGAUCUGACUCAGGUUGAUUAA